AUGACUGUAGAAGAUAAUUCUAAUCAGCCAAUUAUUGAAGAAAAAAUUUUAUUGGAAAAAAGAAGAGUACCUAAAGACAGAUUUCAUCUGGUUUAUAUACUAUUUUUUAUCCUGGGUAAUGCUAGUUCUCUUCCAAUUCAUAUAUUUAUGACUGCUGAAGCGUAUUAUUCUGUCAAGCUGAAAGGAACUCCAUAUCAAUAUAACUUUGAAAAUUAUAUUAUAGUAGCAUACUCAAUUUCAACUAUUUUCGCCUCAGCAGCUAAUUUGCGAUUACUUAAAUCGAUAAAUGUCAAGCACCGAAUGAUAUUUGGCUUAAUAGUUUUAACUAUAUCUUUCAUUUUUACUGCUUUUAUGUCUAAACUGGACACCACAAAUUGGAAAAUUACAUUCUUUGCUCUGACCAUUAUAACCGUCAUUCUUACUGGUUUGUUUGGAAAUUCUAUGUAUCAAUCUAGUCUUUAUGGAUUAGUUGGUGUAUUUCCCAAGAACUAUAGUCAAGCUGUUCAGUGUGGUCAGGCUUUAUCGGCGAUUCUUACCGCUUUAGCAAGCAUUAUUUCCCUGAUCGUUGGGAAAUCUGUUUAUGAUAGUGGACUUGGUUAUUUUUCCAGUGGUGUUGUUCUUCUUAUGCUUUGUAUGUGCAUUCAAUUUCUCCUUGGAAGGGUGGAAUUCGCGAAGUAUUAUAUGCGAAAUUUAGAGUGCGGUAAGAAAACCGUAGAAAAAAUUACCUUAAUUGAAGAAGAUGGUGAGGAAAUGGACGAAGAAAUUAAGCCGAUGUAUAAUCGAAAGCUGAGCAACUACCAAAGGAUAAAUUACGUCUUUAAAGAGACUUGGCCAACAACUGUCGCAUUAUUCACCUGCUACACCGUAACCUAUACAGUCUAUCCAGCAAUUUGUUCUCGUGUUGCAUCCGUUGAUAGGGGUGAUAAUGACUUAUUUACAGGUAAAUUAUAUAUUCCGAUAACGACAUUUCUAUUGUUUGCUACUGCUGAUAUGGUAGGAAGGACAAUCUCUGUUUGGGUAUUAUGGCCUAGCGCCAAAAGAGGGAUAACCUUAAUGAUAUUAUCUCUUGGUAGAAUUAUUUUUAUUCCUUUAAUCUUUUACUGCAAUGCUCAACCAAGGAGGAAAUCGAUACCAGUAUUAAUUCCCAACGAUGCUGCCUAUGUAUUGAUCAUUACACUAUUCGCAUUAAGUCAUGGGUACAUUAAAGCAAUAGGAGUAAUGCAUGCACCAAUGCGUGUUAACUCAAGUUAUCGUGAAUCUGCAGGAUCUAUGUCCUAUUUUGCAAUAGUUUCUGGUUUUGGUAUAGGAUCAGCGCUAUCUUUCCUUGUGGCUGCUGUACUUUAUUGA